GGACUGAACAGGACUGAACAGAAGGAGAAACCCUGAGGACCAGACUUUUUCUUACGCUAUUUAUUUAUUAUUUAUUGUGUAUUUAUUUAAUAUGGGGCGCGUCAACCUGCUCACUCUCGUCGUCAUGUCCAUGUUGCUGUGUCAGGGGUUUUGUUCGGGAGUUUUUGAGCUGAAGUUGCAGGAGUUCCUAAACAAGAAGGGAGUACAGGGCAAUAGGAACUGUUGUAAAGGAGGUCUGGCUUCGUCUUUCCAGCAACAGUGCGAAUGUAAAACCUUCUUCAGGAUCUGUCUGAAGCACUACCAGCCCAGCGCCUCUCCGGAGCCUCCGUGCACCUAUGGCGGCGCUGUGACGCCCGUUUUGGGCUCCAACUCAUUCCAGGUGCCCGAUGCUAUUCCGGAGAGUUCGUUCACGAACCCCAUCAGGAUUAACUUCGGCUUCACGUGGCCGGGGACCUUCUCGCUGAUCAUUGAGGCAUUACACACCGACUCCAAAGAAGACCUCGCCACAGCAGAGAACCCAGAUCACCUCAUCAGCACCAUGACCACGCAGAGACAUCUGACAGUGGGAGAUGAGUGGUCACAGGACCUGCACACGGGCGGCGGGACCGAGCUGAAGUACUCGUACCGCUUCGUUUGCGACGAACACUACUACGGGGACGGGUGCUCAGUGUUCUGCCGGCCCAGAGACGACGCCUUCGGCCACUUCACCUGCGGGGAACGCGGGGAGAUCGUGUGCGACGCCGGAUGGAAGGGACAGUACUGCACCGAACCAAUCUGCCUGCCAGGCUGCGAUGAAGAGCACGGCUUCUGUGAGAAACCCGGAGAGUGCAAGUGCAGAGUGGGAUUCAAAGGCCGCUACUGCGACGAGUGCAUCCGCUACCCGGGCUGCCUCCACGGGACCUGCCAGCAACCCUGGCAGUGCAACUGUCAGGAGGGCUGGGGUGGACUCUUCUGCAACCAAGAUCUCAACUACUGCACCCACCACAAGCCCUGCAUGAAUGGAGCCACUUGUAGCAACACGGGUCAGGGCAGCUACACCUGUUCCUGCCGGCCCGGCUUCACUGGGGCCAGCUGUGAGAUCCAAGUCAGCGAGUGUGCUGGAAACCCCUGUCGCAACGGCGGAAGCUGCACUGACUUAGAAAACACCUACACGUGCAGUUGCCCUCAUGGAUUCUAUGGCAACAACUGCGAGCUGAGCGCCAUGACGUGCGCUGACGGGCCCUGCUCCAAUGGUGGGCGUUGUACUGACAACGCUGAUGGAGGAUACUACUGCCAGUGCCCCACAGGGUAUGCAGGAUUCAACUGUGAGAAGAAGAUUGACCACUGCACCUCCAGCCCCUGCUCCAACGGUGCACGCUGUGUGGACCUCGUCAACUCGUACUUGUGUCAGUGUCCAGACGGCUUCACCGGCAUGAACUGUGACCACACAGGUGACGAGUGCUCAGCAUACCCCUGCCAGAACGGCGGCACAUGCCAGGAAGGUCCUGAUGGUUACACCUGCACCUGUCCACCCGGAUACACCGGCCGCAACUGUAGCUCACCAAUCAGCCGCUGCGAACACAACCCUUGCCACAAUGGAGCCACCUGCCAUGAAAGGAACAACCGCUAUGUUUGUGCAUGUGUUCCUGGUUACGGUGGUCGAAACUGUCAGUUUUUACUGCCAGAGCACGCCGCCCUUCGGGGAUCAGAGGUGCCCUGGAUGGCAGUUGGUUCUGGAGUGGCCUUGGUGCUGCUGCUCUUGGCGGGAUGCGCUGUACUUGUUGGAUUUUUCUGCUCCAAAGUCGCGCGCAGUGGCCUAGGAGAGACAGCUGGUGAGACCGAAACAAUAAACAACCUGACCAACAACUGUCACCGUGGUGACAGGGACCUGGCCAUCAGCGUGAUGCCAAUGCCAGGUGUCAAAAACAUCAACAAGAAGAUGGACUUCUGCAGUGACCCAGACGAAGGAUCUUCACCGGGGAGGAGCAGCUACAAGAGCCGCCAUCAGCCUGCAGGCUACAACCUUGUGCACGAGGUCAACAAGGAGGCGGUGCUGGAGGCGGCCUGCGAGGAAAAGUGCCAAUCCUCAGACUCCUUUGACUUCGAGGAGAAACACAGCAAACGUUUAAAAUGCGAUGCGACAGAAAGGAAAGCCCCAGAAACGUCUGCAUGUGCGGACACCAAGUACAAAUCUGUGUUUGUGAUGUCAGAGGAAAAAGAUGAAUGUAUAAUUGCAACUGAGGUGUAGCGAGCCACCUGUGGGCUGCCCGUUGCACGUUUGCUCUAUGGGAGAGUUUUUUGCUCCUUCAGAUGCUGCUCUAACCCCAGGGGGAGGUGUCCCGCCUUGAGACUGCUGCUGAUAUUGAGACGUUUAACUGAUAUUCAGAGUGAGCUGGUUCUCGACUGGAAACUAAGCGCAAGCAGCGGCGGCGUGUGGGAUGAGAACUGGCGGGGGGCUGAGACACUAAA